AUGGAGAAUAAGGAUACGCCCAAAGACUCUCAUCGAGACUCGCCAGUGAAAAAAAUAUUCAACAAGGUCAACCUAAAUGAGCGUCAGGUCCCUCGCUCUAUCGACCCUGCUUUGGAUCCCUCGAACCAACAUGAACACGCUCAUCGGUUUCACGAGGGCCACGGUGAACAUUUGGGUCCGGAGAUCCGGUAUGCGGACGUUGGUGUGGGCGGACGCAUAGAACUCGAAAGCACCCCGAAACAUCUUCACCAUGCCGGAGAAGAAGUUCGUCCUGUUCCAGAUGACCCCUCACCGGGCCAUCAGCAUGAUACUGAAAAAAAUGCUCAUCAUAUUCUUCAUGAGAAAGACGACUUCAACAAUAAUCUUGAGGAAGUUCCAUCUCAAAGCUCCGAACUGGAAAAGAAUAGUUACAAGUCACACGUUGAUGUCGAGAGCGGAGCUGCCAGUGAUCGACCAAACAUCCUGCAGCGGUUCCGCUUGGCUAGCAAGCGUUACCGUUGGGUUGUGGUACUGUUUUUCGGUCUCUUUUUCACUGCUUGGUGGAUUUCGAUCGUUGCCCAGGACAAGCAUCGUCACAUGUGGCUGAUUCCAACCGUCCUUUGGAUUCUGCUGAUGAUUCGGUUUAUCACAUUCUACACACCCACAAGAUAUCUCCUUGUCUGGGCAAAUUGGGUGUGGCAGCGUACGUUUGUACCUGUAAGAAACAUGAUCCCUAAAAGGUUUUGGCCUUACUGUGAAGCCUUCCUGACCAUUAUGACCGUUCUAGUCGCAACGUUCGCUACUCCAUCCACCGAUGGAUCUAAUUUGAACGAGCGUGCUGUUUCGUUACUUGGGUACUGCGUUUUCUAUUUCGGGUUCUUUGUCUUUUCCCGUUACAAGAAUCGUAUCAACUGGCACACCGUCUGGGUAGGAAUUUUUGCUCAAUACGUGGUCGCCCUCUUCGUUUUGCGUACUAAAGCCGGAUACGAUUUCUUCAACUGGAUUUCUUUCUUGGCUCGCAAACUUCUAAGCUUUGCUGGUGACGGUGCCGCCUUCUUGACCUCCGCCGACGUUGUCGCCAAAGGAUAUUUCAUUGCAAACACCAUUCCCUCUAUUAUUUUCUUUAUUGCUUUUAUCCACAUCUGGUACUACUUUGGAAUUUUGCAAUGGUGUAUUGGCAAGUUUGCGGUUAUCUUCUUCUGGGCUAUGCAAGUCUCAGGUGCCGAAGCUGUUGUUGCUGCCGCAUCUCCCUUCAUCGGUCAAGGUGAGUCUGCAAUUCUUGUUAAACCUUUUAUUUCUCACAUGACUGAUGCUGAGCUGUUCCAGGUGCUAGUUUCUGGUUUCGCGACCAUCGCUGGUUCGGUUUUGGCCGCAUAUGUGAACAUGGGUGUUAACCCAGCGGCCCUUAUCACUUCUUGUGUUAUGUCCAUUCCUGCGUCGUUGGCCGCCUCCAAAUUAGUUUACCCGGAGACUGAAGAGUCACUUACGGCCAACCGUGUAGUUGUUCCAGAGGACACUACAGAAGAGGCACACAACGUGCUCCACGCCUUUUCUAAUGGCGCCUGGGUGGGUCUCCAGGUAGGCCUUGCCAUGAUCACCAACUUAUUGUGUAUCAUUGCCCUUGUUGCUUUGAUUGACGCACUCUUGACAUGGUUUGGCGGCUUCUGGAACAUCACCCCCGAUCUCACACUCGAAAUGAUCCUGGGUUACUUGUUCUAUCCUGUGGCAUAUAUGCUUGGUAUCACCAAUUCUAAGGACAUUUAUCCUGUUGCGAAACUUUUGGGAAUCAAAAUGAUUCAAAAUGAGUUUGUCGCCUACACUGCUCUGGUUAAAAGCCCAGACUACGCCGACCUUGAACCUCGUUCCCGUAUGCUUGCUACUUUUGCUCUUUGCGGGUUCUCCAACAUGGGUUCUAUUGGUAUCCAGAUUGGUGUGCUCGGUCAGAUCGCCCCUGAACGUAAAGGUCGUGUGGCUCAGUUCGCUCUUGCAGCCUUGUUAGUCGGCACAUUUACUACCUAUACUUCGGCUUGUGCUGCCGGUAUGGCUCUUGAUAAGGUCCCUAGCGUCUAG